GCAGUCAGACAGGGUCACACUGAUCAGUGCAAACGCAAAAUCGGCUGGCAGUUUUGAGCAAAAUUAAAAAUAAACAAUAAACAAAAGGAGGCCAUCACCGAGCCGCCGAUGGAUUACGUUUAUUGUGGCGCCGACCCGAUCGGCGCUUCCGAGGACAUAUUAAGUGUUUAUGAUGCGGGAUCUGCGCGCGGAACCGGGCACUUCUCGCCCAGCUUUAAUGGCUUCAACAUCGGCACCACGGACCCCGACUACGUGGAGCUGGUACCCGUGCUCGCCGACGGCGGGGAGCACUUUGGCGUCUCCAGCGUGGCGUUCGACGACUACGAGGAGCUUCUCUGGAUGGGUAACCAGGGAGGCCAUGUAACCUCUUACUACACCAGCUCCAUGCAGAAGUACACCUCCUUCCAGGUUCACGCCAGCGACAUUGUCCGCCAGAUCACCACCCUGGACUCCGGAGUGCUGGUGCUCACGCAGACCUCGCUGCGCCACCAAAUCCGCCGGGGUCUGCCCAAGUUCACCCAUAAGUCCAACAACAUGACAGAAAUGGUGAGCAUGCUGCAGCUGUCGCCACACCGCCUGGUCAUGGCUGGGCUGCAGGAGGAGCUCAUCGACUUUGACAUGCGCACGCUCAAGGAAACCAGGCUGGAGCAUGUGGGCGCUGCCGGCUGCACAGUGCUGCGCAAAAACUCUCGCUUUCUGUUCGCCGGCGACCAGCUGGGCACGGUCACGUUGCGCGACCUGAACAGCCUGAGUGUCCAGCAUACAAUCAAGACGCACACCAACGUACUCUCGGACUUCAGUGUCCAGGGUAAUCUGCUCAUUUCCUGCGGAUACAGCGGACGGCAGAAUAACCUUGCCAUCGACCGCUUCCUCAUGGUCUACGAUCUGCGUAUGCUGCGCCUGAUCUCGCCGAUUCAAGUGAUGAUUGACCCGCAAAUGUUGAAGUUCCUGCCGUCACUUACAUCCCGCUUGGCUGUCGUGUCCAGCUACGGCCAGGUUCAGCUGGUUGACACCGUGGAGCUGAGCGAGCCGCGUGUCUCCAUGUAUCAGAUCAACACCAACGGCAGCCAGUGCCUUAGCUUUGACAUAAGCUCCUCCUCUCAGGCCAUGGCAUUUGGCGAUCAGUCGGGCCACAUCAAUAUGAUUGCCGCGGUGCAAACGCCCCAGCCGCAGUUCAAUCCCUUCUCGCGAAACACAGAGUUCGCGGACGUGGUGCCACAGCUGCCGAUGGUCUCUAUCACGGACACCAACUUCCCACUGUCGUCGGUUAUGCUGCCCCACUUGACGACGGGCACGCAAUGGUUCUCUGACUGGCCGGAGGAGCUGCUGCGCUAUCGCUAUCACAGACCCAAGACCAUCGAUCCCGAUGUGCUGAGCAACAUGAAGAUGCAGGGACCCAUUGGGUACUCGCCAAACCCGCGCACCGCUCGCCGAAAUCAAAUUCCGUAUGUGAUUGAACAGGGAGGCAUAUGCAGCACAAAUGGGAACGGAACUGCAGCGGUAACCAAGGCUGAAAACGGAGUCAAAAUCAUUCCAAGACGGUAUCGCAAAGUGGAGCUGAAGUACACAAAGCUGGGCACCCAGGACUUUGACUUUGAGCAGCAUAAUCAGACGUGUUUCGCUGGACUGGAGGCAACUCUGCCCAACUCCUACUGCAAUGCCAUGCUGCAGAUACUGUAUUUCACAGAACCUCUGCGUGCGAAGCUGAUUGAGCAUUCCUGCACCAAGGAGUUUUGUCUAUCCUGCGAACUGGGUUUUCUUUUCAACAUGCUGGAUAAAAGUACUGCUUCAUCACCAUGCCAAGCUAGCAAUUUCCUGCGCUCUUUUCGCACUGUACCGGAGGCCUCGGCAUUGGGCUUGAUUCUCACGGAUCGCUCUUCUAAUGUUAAUCUUAUCACUCUCAUACAGAACUGGAACCGAUUCAUUCUGCAUCAAAUGCAUUACGAAAUCUUCGAUUCCAGCAAGAACGCCUCUGUUUCGAGCGGAUCUGUGCAAACAUCUACAAACGCCGAAAACACGAGUCCGUCAGAAACGAGUGGCUCUUCGGACUUGUAUGAUUCCAUAUGUGAUGAGAAUUCUAAAGAGGAAGACCGGGAACGCAGUAAGAUUAACGCAGAAACGGAAAUCAGUAAAAUCUUUGGGACCAAACAAAUUUGUAUAAACCGCUGCAUAAAAUGCCAAGUGGAGAAGUCGAAGGAGAACAUUUUACUUGCCUGCAACAUGUCGUACCCUACCCACAUCAAAGAUAGUGAACAGUAUUUCAGCUUUGGCACCAUUUUAAAGCGUUCUCUCAGCUCCGAAAAGAGCAUUCAGGCCUUCUGCGAGAACUGUAAAAAGUUCUCCCCAACUAAUCAGAGCGUGAAGGUCAAUUCCCUUCCCCAAAUGCUGGCCAUUAACUGCGGUCUCAACAACGACAAAGACAUAAGCUUUCUAAAGCGGCAACUUAAUCGCUGCAACGAAAAACCAUCUGCCGAUGCAACCGCUUCUUUGAGCACUAGUAAACCUUGCCGCUAUGGAGCCAACUGUUCGCGGAGCGACUGCCAUUUCAUGCACCCGGAUCGGAAGUCGCCAUCGCACACAAAUCAAGCUAAUAAUGUCAAUAGUUCUCCAAAUGGUCGACAAAAGUCAUGGUUUCCGCUCACUUUCAUUAUGGGCAUUAAUGACCAAAAUGAGCUGCAGGUGCAAACUCAAUUGGAUGCAGGCGCUGGAAAAUCUGAGCAGGAGGAGGAGGGUGAGAAGCCACAAACAAAGAUUGGGGACAACAAUCGGACGUACGCCCUGCAUGCUGUGGUCUGCCAAGUCGAUGAUGGCACCCAGAAGAACUUGGUGUCCCUGAUAAAUGUGCAGCGGCAAUAUCACACCAUGAAACUGGCGGAAUCCCCAGAGGACCCUCAAAAUCAAUGGUAUAUUUUCAACGACUUCAGCAUUUCUCCCGUAUCGCCACAAGAAUCGGUAUGGUUUACUCUGGAUUGGAAAGUGCCCUGUGUACUGUUUUACAGGAGCGUGGACGAUGAUUCCGAAUCUGCCAGCACUACGAGCUCCACGGUCACAGAAAGCGAUGAAACCGUUCCGUCUGAGAGCAGCAGCGAUUCACCCUCAAACUUAUCCAACCCCUUUUUAGAGGACAUGGUUAAUCCUAUACCAGGCAACCUGAGCACGGACGCCACACUGAAGCCGUUGGAAUCGGACGAGAUGCCGCAGUCCGGUGACCUGGUCGCAAUGGAUGCCGAGUUCGUCACCCUAAAUCCGGAGGAAAACGAGAUUCGCCCAGAUGGAAAGACGGCGACCAUUAAGCCAUGCCACAUGAGCGUGGCCCGCAUUUCCUGUAUUCGGGGACAAGGAUCAAAUGAAGGAGUUCCAUUCAUGGAUGAUUAUAUCUCCACUCAGGAGAAGGUAGUGGAUUACCUAACACAAUUCUCGGGCAUCAAACCAGGUGACUUGGACGCCAACUUCAGCAAAAAACGACUCACUGCCCUCAAGUACUCAUAUCAGAAACUAAAAUAUUUGGUCGAUGUCGGCGUAAUAUUUGUUGGACAUGGUCUGAAAAAUGAUUUUAGGGUCAUCAACAUUUACGUGCCGUCCGAGCAAAUAAUUGACACGGUACACCUGUUCCAUCUGCCUCACCAUCGAAUGGUUUCCUUGAGGUUUCUGGCCUGGCAUUUCUUGGGUACAAAGAUACAAUCCGAGACGCACGACUCCAUCGAGGAUGCGCGGACCACUCUAGAGCUUUACAAACACUAUUUGAAACUGCAGGCUGACAAAAAGUUCGCCAACGCCCUCAAAAACCUCUACGAUCGCGGAAAGCUGCUUCAGUGGAAGGUGCCGGAGGACUGAAUCUGUUCCCAACCCGUUGCCAACCCGACGAAAUGCAUAAUCAAAGUAAUCGUCAGUACAAAUGCUUCUCCGAUCUGAAAACCCCGGCUUUUCUUUAUAUUAUUAUGUUUGUCUUCGUUUAUUUUUGCUAAUGAGCUUUUGGUAUUUAAUUUUGUAUUUG